CGUAGUAUCAAUUUCCAGGCACUGACUCCCUCUUGAAACUGCCUGAACUGACAGUCCCAUGUUCUUGUCUUGAAAACAAUGUGAAAACGAAAAAACAAAACAAAACAGAGAAGAACAUUUAAUCAACUAAAAAUUGAAAAAAAAUCCCCAAAUGAAAACCCUAAUUCUCACAAACCCAAUUAUUAACACAACCUCCAAAUUCACCAAUUUUCAUGGCAAUAGAUCUUUUCACAUUUUCAACCCCAAAAAAAAUUUCUCUUUCACUAAACCAUUUGCCACCAAUUCACUCAGUUACGGUGGCUGGGACGAUUUACGACUCGGUGGUGAGUUAUCCGAUUCCGGUGAUACAACUCAGCUCCCUGAUUUUAUACUUUCUAGAGGAAUUGAAGGUGACAAUAAAAAAUAUAUCUUUGUAUUUGUGUUAGGUAUUUUUUGUGCUUUUGCUAUUUCUAGAGUUAAAAUUUCUUCAAUUAUUGUUUUUCCUGCCUCUGUUUUGAUUUUUGGUGUUGGGUUUUCACUUGGGUUUUUCCGUGGUGGGAGUUUUAAUGAGUUUAGUUUAAAUGCAAAUAAGAAGAGGGUUAAAGAUGAUAAUUUUAGGGUUUAUAGUGAGAAAUUGAGAAGUUUGGUUGCAUUUUUUGAUGGAUUUGAGGUUAAAGUUAAUGAGCUGAAGAAGAAUAUACUGAGAGUUAUUGAUACUAAAGAGAUUGAAUUGAGUGAUUUGGAAAAUUAUGUUGGUGUUAUUGAAUCGUUACACGAAUCGGCUUUGAAUUCGAGAAGUGUUGUUGACAGUACAAUUGAUAGCUUAGGAAAUUAUAGCAAUGUGGUCAUCGAGGAUCGAAAAUCUGCUGGUAAAAAGAAGAAAGAAAUCGGAGAAGUUGGAUCCGAGUUAUUGCAAUUUGUUGGUGGUUUGUUUGGAGAGAAACUGGAAGGCUCAAAGCCUGCUAAAGCGAAAGAUAAAGACAAUGUUAAGCAAGGUGCGGCUGGACAGGGUUUAACCAAAAAGGAUAUAGACAGUGAUCAAAAUCGAGUAAACAGUUCAACUCAACGGAUAAAACUUAAUGGUGUUGACAAUGAUAAAGAACAUAGGACUUCUAUGUUUUCUCAAGGUUUACCUAAUAACUCUGCUUUAAAUUGGGAUAGUGAAAGAAGAAUUAGAAUAAUUUCAGAUAAUGCUAAGAUGAAGAUGGGAGAAAUAGGUGGGAAUCGGAAAAAAAUUCUCGACACCCAAGAAUAUUCUUACCAAAGUAGUAGAUUGCAGUUUGUGGAUAAUCAGCGUAUCAGCUGGAAGACGAACCAAAAUAAUGCAACUGAGAUGCAGAAAUUCCGUGAGGAUGCGCCUGACUCUACGGAUUUUGAUUUCACUUUUAAACAUGCAGAAAGAGAAACUUUGUUUAUGCAAGAGCAGGUGUCAACUCAAACUAGUGGCGCUUACGAGUCUUCAAACAGUAGGAAGGUGGAUCUAGAUGAAAAUUAUGGACCUCAAUUCAGAGAAAAUGAGAUCAAUGAUGAUUCCCAAUUGCCCGAUCAUCAAUCUGUAAUGGAGGGUGAAGUCGGUCCUUCAUCUUCUUCAAUGCUUGCAGACGACGUGGUGUUUGAUAGGUAUCUUUCGGAAGCUAAUAAUCUUAUGAAACAAGCCAAGGAAUUUGUCAGGCGAAAACACAAUGAAGAAAAUGCAGAGAUAAUACUAUACAAGUCCGCCAAGUUGCUUUCUAAAGCCUUAGCCAUGAAGCCGAUGAGUUUGUUGGCUGUCGGCCUAUUAGGCAACACAUAUCUCCUUCAUGGAGAAUUAAAAUUAAGGUUCAGUCGUGAACUGAGAACUCUCCUUUUAAGAAGGGAUCCCUUAUCAGUUGAGGAUUUCGAUGAGAAUUUGUCAAAGAAAGAUAAAAUUGCAUAUGCUCUUGCUAAUGUGUGUGAAGAAUGUGAAGAACUUCUUGUGGAGGCAGGCAGAAAAUAUAGGCUCGCAUUAUCCAUUGAUGCAAAUGAUGUUAGAGCUUUGUAUAACUGGGGCCUUGCUCUCUCUUAUCGGGCACAAUUGAUUGCGGAUAUUGGACCAGAAGCUGCUUCUGAUGCUGACAAAGUGUUCUUAGCUGCAAUUGAUAAAUUUGAUGCAAUGAUGUCCAAAGGAAAUAUUUAUGCACCAGAUGCUCUAUAUCGAUGGGGAGUUGUGCUGCAGCAAAGAUCUCGAUUACGGCCGAGGAAUAGUAAAGAGAAGAUGAAGUUGCUAAUGCAGGCAAAAAGAUUAUAUGAAGAUGCACUUGGUAUGGACUAUGACAAUCUUCAAGUAAGAGAAGCUAUAUCAUCAUGUGUUGCUGAGCUGAAUUACAGGCGCCUUUGAUGCUGGGAACCCGGAGUUUAUGUCGACCCCCUCCGUCAUACUUGAUACUCGACAUUCUCGGUUUCCUUAUUCAUUUUAAUAUUCUUUAUACGGAUACUCAAAGAAUAAUAGCAGAGAACAAAAGAAGCCGGUCUUGGUGUUCUGCAACAUUGAUAAAUUGUAAUAAAAAAGAUGAACACCGACAAACUGUUAAUAAUAUCAUAGAACUAAUAAUUUUGAUCAAUAA